AUGGCGGCGACACUGAGCCUGGAGUCCGCGGGCCGCAGCUGCUGGGACCAACCGCUGAGCAUCGCCGUGCGCGGCCUGGCCCCCGAGCAGCCUGUCACCCUGCGCUCUGCCCUGCGCGACGAGAAGGGCGCGCUCUUCCGAGCCCACGGUCCAGGAAUUGGCCUGCUGGGAAUUUCCAAAGGGGCUGAACUCAGCCUCUCCAUGGCCUCUUUUCUGAAAGGCAUCACAGCUGCUGUCAUUAUCAAUGGCUCCAUGGUCAAUACUGGCAGAACCUUAAAAUACAAGGAUGAGAGUCUACCCACUGUGGGCAGUGACAUAAAUCGAACUAAAGUAACCAAAGAUGGCUUUUCAGAUAUGGUGGAUUUUCUGAAUGUCCCUCUGGAAGGAGCUGACCAGAGGAGCAUCAUUCCCGUGGAAAGGUCUGACACAGCCUUCCUGUUCCUUGUAGGUCAGGAUGACCACAACUGGAAGAGCGAGUUCUAUGCCAGAGAGGCCUCCAAACUCCUGCAGGCCCAUGGGAAGGAAAAGCCCCAGAUCAUCUGCUACCCAGAGACAGGCCACUAUAUUGAGCCCCCUUACUUCCCCUGGUGUAAAGCUUCAGUACACAGUUACUUUAAUAUUGUUGUGAUCUGGGGAGGGGAGUCCAGGGCUCAUGCCAUGGCCCAGGUGGAUGCUUGGCAGCAACUCCAGACUUUCUUCCAUAAACAUUUGAAUGAACAUGAGAGGCCAGUCCCAGCAAAACUGUGAUUUUCUUUGAGUGGUGACAUUUCUGGUGGUGAUCCCUCCUGAGAAUAGCUGCCCCCCCCCCCAUUAGGAUGUGUGUGCAUUGUUUUCUCCUUUCAAUAAAGUCUUGAAGUUUUUCCCCACAA